CGCAGCCCCCCGGCCGCCACCGCCCCGCCCCUGCCCCGCCAGCCGCGCGUUAGGACUGCGGAGCCCCGCGGAGCCGGGCGCAGAAGCGGGGCGCGGCGCGGGUGGGGCAGGGGGCGAAGGGCGGGGGUGUCCACGCAGCCGGGGUUGAUGUUUAACCUGGAGCGCCCGUUCACGGAGAGGGGCCACUUCCUCUCCUCCAUGGAGUACCAGCGGCAGCUGGAGGAGGAGGAGGGCUACCCGCCUCCCGGCACCAACGGGACCUUCAACGACAGUGGGACCGGGACGGGCUGGGGCACACCGUACCCCCUGCACACCACCGUAGCCCUCAUCAGCCUGGCGGGCUUGCUCAUGCUCUUCACCGUCUUCGGCAAUGUCCUGGUCAUCAUUGCUGUCUUCACCAGCCGUGCGCUCAAGGCCCCCCAGAACCUCUUCCUGGUCUCCUUAGCCUCCGCUGACAUCCUGGUAGCCACACUGGUCAUCCCCUUCUCCCUGGCAAAUGAGGUGAUGGGAUACUGGUACUUCGGCAAAGUCUGGUGUGAGAUCUACCUGGCCUUGGAUGUGCUGUUCUGCACCUCCUCCAUUGUGCACUUGUGUGCCAUCAGCCUGGACCGUUACUGGUCCAUCACACAAGCCAUCGAGUACAACCUCAAGCGUACCCCGCGCCGCAUCAAGUGCAUCAUCUUCAUUGUCUGGGUCAUCUCGGCCGUCAUCUCCUUCCCACCACUCAUCUCCAUCGAGAAGAAGAGCGGGCAGCAAGCUGACCAAGGGGUGGCCGGGUGCAAGAUCAACGAUGAGAAGUGGUACAUCAUCUCUUCUAGUAUUGGCUCCUUCUUUGCCCCUUGCCUCAUCAUGAUCCUGGUCUACAUGCGCAUCUACCAGAUAGCCAAGCGGCGAACCCGAGUACCGCCGAACAAGCGGGCAGAGCGCCCCGAGAAGAGGCAGAACGGCUUGACUGACAAAGAGGACCUGCCAGCCACAGCUCAGCUCAAUGGGGAGAAGGCAGCAGGGGGUGGUGGUGGGCAGGAGGGAGAGGUCAGUGGCAUCGACAUGGAGGAGACCUCUUCCUCCGAGCAGCAGGAGAACAACCAGUGUAAGAAGUCAGAGAAAACAUCAAGGGGAAAGACCAAGACUAAACUGAGCCAGAUUAAGCCUGGGGACAGUUUGCCCAGGAAGGCGGAGGAGGAGAGGACCACCAAAGGGUCCCGGUGGAGGGGCAGGCAGAACAGGGAAAAGCGCUUCACCUUUGUGCUGGCAGUGGUGAUCGGGGUCUUUGUCAUCUGCUGGUUCCCCUUCUUCUUCACCUACACGCUGACAGCCGUCUGCGAGAGCUGCUCCGUGCCCGACACUCUCUUCAAGUUCUUCUUCUGGUUCGGUUACUGCAACAGCUCCUUGAACCCUGUCAUCUAUACAAUUUUCAACCAUGACUUCAGAAGGGCCUUCAAAAGAAUCCUCUGCAGGAUAGAGAGGAAAAGAGUUGUCUGAAGGACCCUUUGCUGUGGGCAGGACCGAUUCAAGACUUUGUAACAGAGUAAGGGAUGGCCCACUUGGGCUGUGCUUGCAUGGGAUGGUUUCCUUCAGCUCGCGAGCAGGAAGCCUUUAAAACCCAAGGUGAGCCUGUGAAAACUCCGGGCAGCAGCAGCAAGGAGCAGCAGGCAAGUGGAAGCCUGAGCCGUGGCAUUCGGCUUUCUAGGGGAGGAUGUUUUUUGACUUGCUGUGUUUGUUUUGUUAGUUCUUUUUUAAUUUUGCCAGAAUCUCUCAGUUAAUGUUUUCACGACUGCUCAGUUUGAUUCUUUAAAGAUAGGAAACGUGCAGCUCCGUGAGGCGAACAACAAAGGGAAUAUGCCACCCCAGAGGUGCUGGCUUUUUUUAUUUUGCUGUAUCUUUUUUUUCCCCCUUGUAUAUGUAAUUAAUUUUAACCCCUUUGUAAAAUACAGUGUUGUAUCCUUGAAUCUGAAUGUCUUAAAUUUUUGUAAGGCAAGCAGCUUUGAAACUGUGAAUGCUUUAAUUAUCUUUGACACCUUUUAAAAGUCCUUCCCUUCCCACCCCUGAAGCCCCCUCACUCAAAACCACUGAACAACUAGACCCGUUUCCCCUACCUGAUAAUUUGAUGAUAAUACCAAAACUUCCAAUAUCCUGUCAUUUUUAUUUUUAUUUUUUUUUUGGCUAUAAAGCUUAGGAUCACAGAGCUCACCAGACUGGCUGUUUUUGUCGUUAUUUUUUAUAUUGUACCCAAUUCUGUUUAAUUUCUGUGUUGCCUGUGAUACAAUACAGCUGAGGUGGUACCUGCCCUCUCACUAUUUAUUAAAGCAGACUCUGAGGGAGCAGUGGCUUUGCUGUGCAGGAAGGAACAUCCCGGGCAAUGGAGGGACUGGUGAUUUCUUGUGCAACGUGAGACUUGGGACCUGGCCAAGCUCCCCAGGAAUUAAUCUUACUGGAUAUUAUACCACACUGCAGCACCAAAAUGUGUUUGAUGCUAACUUGCUUCCCCCACCUCCAACUGUAAAUAGAUGACAUUUCAAAGCAAAUAGCAGGGCUGCAUAUAUCCUGUUAUCUCAUUUGUAUUGAUUUGUGAUGAUUAAACUCCUGUGGGAUUUCCGCAGAAGAGGAGAGGUUUUGUGCACAGGGGCUGUUCCAUCUUUCUGAAAUAAGGGAGCAGAGUUCCGUUUUUAAUCUGCCGGUCUCAUCAUACUUAGGAAAUAUAAAAACAUCCCUCUCUCAGUCUUAUACAGGGCAAAACUCCAAAAUGGGAAACUUAACUGACAGUUUCUCCAGUAUUUUAUAGUGUAAUUAAGCUGCUUUUUAAAAAAAGAAAAAAAAAAAGAAAUGUGUAAAUACUGUGAUAUUGGUGCAGAAGAGAGAGUUAAUGUUGCUUUUACACUCCUUUCUUGAAAUGUCUUUCAGCUCUUUCUGCUAAAAAAAAAGUAAAUACAAAAAUGGACAGAACAAAUCUAACAUCCUUGUGCCAUGAAGAAAUUUCUGGAGAACAUUAAAAGGAAAACCUUUUGAUUCAUCACAAUAAAUGAGUCUUCAAGCUUUUUAAUGUUGUGAAAAAAGCUUUAUCAAAUGCUGUCAGGUCAUAGAAAUAGUUUGGAGAAAGCAAAGUUUGGGUAAGUCUCAUGUAUAAGAUGAAUUUGCCUUCUCUGGAGUCAUAUGAUGCACAGGGAGAGACUUUAAAAAAAUAACUUUUUACUUUUGGGAAGUGUUUCGUUGAUUUUGCUCUCUCUUUUGACUUUGUAAUUAACUCCAAGGGUCCCCAGAUGCAUCUUGGGACCUGGAGAGCAUUGUUUACAUUCACUUGCAUUUUCAGAAUUGAAUCCUCAUGAGGUGAGGAAAGCAAAUAAACUGUGCUUUACUGUAAAAAAAAAAAAAAAAUCAACAAAAACCACGAGCAGAAGUUGCUAUAAUGGAUGAUUAUUUUUAUUAAAUAAAUGAGCGUUUACAGUUCAAGUGUGAAAACCCUCUGGAUAA